GUCCCUGUAACAAACAGCAGCUUGAGCUCACUGCGCUGCUCACCCCGUACUCGUCGUAAUACUUUUUUUAAUCUCUUCUCGAACAAACUCCCCCUUUUUAUCACACACACACUCUCUCUCCUCUCUUUCUCGCCCGUUUCCCCACCACCACCACCACCACCACCUCCCCUCUCCCAUUCGACCAAAUCGGCGAGGGGAAUAGCCCCCCCGCGCGCCGCGCCUCCUCUCGUCGCCGGCGAUGGCCGACGGCGAGGCCUCCUCCGGCGCGUACAGGGAGUUCAAGGCGCUGACGGAGGCGGCGGACCGCAAGUUCGCGCGCGCGCGCGACGUGCCGCUCUACGGCGGCGGGGUGGACCACCACAGCCGGAAGGCGUUCAAGGCGUACACGCGGCUGUGGCGCCUGCAGCAGGAGCGGCGGCGGGAGCUCGUCGCGGGCGGGCUGCGGCGGUGGGAGAUCGGGGAGGUGGCCUCCCGGAUCGGGCAGCUCUACUACGCGCGCUACCUCCGCACCGCCGAGCCGCGCUCGCUCGUCGGCGCCUACGUGUUCUACGAGGCCAUCUACAGCCGCGGGUACUUCGCCGCCGCGGCGCAGGUGGUGGUGGGCGGCGGCUACAGGCACCAGGGCCUCCUGAUCCGGUACAAGGAGCUGCGGUUCAUCGCGCGCUUCCUCGUCGUGGCCAUGCUGAUGCGGCGGGCCGAGGCGGUGGACCACCUCGCUUCCCGCCUCCGUUCGCUCGUCGAGGAGACCAAGUCGGCAUACCCCAAAACCAACUUCAAGGAAUGGAAACAAGUGCUUCAAGAGCUUGGGAGAUUCUUGAAAGCUGAUGGAGCAUACAAGGGAUCUAGAUCACUGAGAUAUGACAACUUGUUUGACUCUUUUCCGUCGAACCUUGCACCUAUUGCACGAUUCCAUUCAAAAAGAGUACUGAAACUGAAAGAAGCUGUAUUGACAAGCUAUCACAGAAACGAGGUGAAGUUCACAGAACUAACUCUGGACACUUUCAGAAUGCUACAGUGUCUGGAGUGGGAACCCACUGGGUCUUAUCAGAUUGCUGCCAAAGAGCUUACAGAAAAUGGCACUAUAAGUGAUCAGAGUGGACCCUCUGGCCUGAUUGAUAUCCACCUAUCAUCAGAAAUAUCUGAUGGAAAUCUUCCUGCAAAUCCUCAAAAGGCAAUCAUAUAUCAUCCUACAGUAUCUCAUCUUCUAGCGGUUCUAGCCACAGUCUGUGAGGAGCUUUCUCAAGAUAGCAUCUUACUUGUCUAUCUAUCAGCAUCAGGUUUUUCCGAGCAGAACAUUACUUCUCAAAAGUAUGCCUCAAGCUCAUCAUAUGCAAGGGCAACUUCCGUGUAUCCCAUCGAUAAGCCAAAUUCCAAUGGCAAUUCAGAUAAUCAUCUAUGGCUUGGUCCCCGUGGAAGUGGAGGUCCAAACAAUCUUUAUCCAGAAGAUCUGAUUCCCUUUACAAGAUAUCCACUAUUCCUUGUUAUCGAUAGUGAAAAUAGUCAUGCAUUCAAGGCUAUACAUAAUGCAGAGAAGGGAGAGCCAGCUGCCUUGCUACUUUCACCUAGGAUAGCAUCAGCAAUGCCUGGUGUGGAAUCCACGAGUAAUGGAAGCCAAUUUACGUACUUCCUCACAGCUCCAAUGCAAGCCUUCUGCCAAUUAGCUGGGAUAACUUCUGACAUAGACAGCGAUACAUAUGCUAACGCGGAAAUCAUACUUUUCUCCGCUUUGGAACAAUAUGAAGGAAUCCUCUGCACAUCUGUUGGAUUGAACAACGUCUGGGGACAAAUUUUACCAGAUCCUUUUCUCAGGCGCCUGAUCGUCAGGUUUAUUUUCUGCCGAGCAGUUAUAUUCUAUUUUCACCCUGAGGAGAAUGGUGAACAUAUACCAAUCUGCCUACCCAGUCUUCCAGAAUCAGUCGCGCCAAAUGCUGAAGCCAUCAUGGCCCCCAUCCUUGAGUUUGCAGAAAACCUUGUUGUGAGCGACCGGUUUCAUUUCCGACAUUCUGUCCACAACAAUAAGAAAUGAUGAUCAGGAGCAACAACUCAAUCCUUCUGUAGAUACCUCCAUGGUAUAUAAUCAAGUUAUUUGUUGAUUUGUUCGUAUUUAUACAGCAAACGGAGCAUGAUUCAGUAUGAACAGGCUGCUGCAGCAGCUGCAGCUUGGAGAGGGUGAAUGAUUUAUCAUUUUUCGCUGCUUCAUCUCCAUUGAGCAUCUGUACAAGUUUGGUUAGGUGGUCCUUACUUUUGAUCUAGGCAGUGUAGGGCUUCUCUUUCCUUUUCUUUCGGUUUGUGGUGGAGAGGACAGUUUGUAAGCUGGAAGAGGCAUUUUUUAGUACCCCGGAAGGCAAAUUGUUUUUUAGGGUUAGCCCAAUAUUUUGAGAGUUAGUUUACUACCAUCGGAUGCAUUGCGUUGCACAUUUGUCUAGUGCACCCAACGUUUGUAAUUGUUGUUUGUCCUGAAUGAAGGGUUCUGGAUUAUUGUCUGA